CCUCCUCCUCUCCCUGACCGUGUACCUCCCUCUGCCUCUCCUCUGGUUGUCCGGGUUAUCAUCAUCUGAUUAUUCGGUUACCAUGGUGACGGACAGAGAUGAUGCUUAAACACGCGCACAUUGAUCUCUUUUCCUGUUUCUUUCUUUAUUUAAUCGAUCAUCUGAUAUUUUUUGUUGUUUUUUUUUAAACAGUGUGCUUGAUCGAUAACCGUCGAUGACGUCAUUCUGUUUCCUUUUGUGCGAGAACUCGGGGAGAAAAAUCUGCUGAUCAGCAUCCUCCGCCUGCGCGUGUCUCUGCGGGUUCAUUCUCCUCUUCACCUCCUAUCUUCUCUCCUCCUCCUCCUCCUCCUCCUGCUCCUCCUCCUCCUUCUCCGCAGCAGCAGCAGCAGCGAUGAACCCGCCGGGCCUGGCCGGCCUCGGCGCUCUGCGUGCGGGCAGGCAGUAGAUCAGCAGUUCGGUGCGGGUCGCGUCUCUCCGUCAUGGUGCAGAAAUCUCGGAACGGCGGGGUGUUCCCCGGAGCGCAGGCCGACCAGAAGACGCUGAAGGUCGGCUUCGUGGGUCUGGAGGCCGGGGGGACCGAGUCCAGCAGGGACGGAGCUCUGCUCAUCGCAGGAGGGGAGGAGGGGCCUCGGCGGCAGCGCAGCAGCGUCUCUGGAGGGAAGAAACCUCCCAAACGAAACGCCGUCUACAGGCGACUGCAGAACUUUCUGUACAACGUUCUGGAGCGACCACGAGGCUGGGCCUUCAUCUACCACGCAUACGUGUUCCUCCUGGUGUUCUCCUGUCUGGUUCUGUCUGUGUUCUCCACCAUCAAAGAGUACGAGAAGAGUUCGGAGGAUGCUCUCUACUUUCUGGAGGUGGUGACCAUCGUGGUGUUCGGGGUGGAGUACAUGGUGAGGAUCUGGGCGGCAGGUUGUUGUUGUCGGUACAGAGGAUGGAGAGGACGACUCAAAUUUGCCAGAAAACCGUUCUGUGUCAUCGACAUCAUGGUGUUGAUAGCGUCCAUAUCAGUGUUGGCAGCGGGGAGUCAAGGAAAUGUCUUCGCCACAUCAGCAAUCCGCUCACUUCGUUUCCUUCAGAUUCUGAGGAUGAUCCGGAUGGACCGACGAGGAGGAACCUGGAAGCUGCUGGGAUCAGUGGUGUAUGCCCACAGCAAGGAGUUGAUCACAGCCUGGUAUAUUGGCUUUCUGUGUCUCAUUCUGGCGAGUUUCCUCGUUUAUUUGGCAGAAAAAGAAGACAACGAACAGUUUGAGACGUAUGCCGAUGCCUUGUGGUGGGGACUGAUCACCUUGACAACCAUCGGGUAUGGAGAUAAAUUCCCCAUCACCUGGAAUGGACGCUUGCUGGCUGCAACCUUCACUCUGAUUGGAGUUUCAUUCUUCGCUCUGCCGGCUGGGAUCCUCGGCUCUGGUUUUGCUCUGAAGGUUCAGGAGCAGCACAGACAGAAACACUUUGAGAAGAGACGCAACCCAGCAGCUGGACUCAUACAGGCGGCGUGGAGGGUCUACGCCACAAAUCUGAGCCGGACUGACCUGACUUCUACCUGGGAUUACUAUGAGACGACGGUGUCUGUCCCCAUGUACAGGCUGAUUCCUCCUCUCAACCAGCUGGAUCUACUGAGGAACCUCAAGAACAAGUCUGGACUCUCAUUCAGGAAGGAAGUCCAGCCUGAACCGUCUCCCAGUCAGAAGGUCAGUCUGAAGGAGAGGGUCUUCUCAUCUCCCCGGAGUUCAGGGACCAAAGGGAAAGGUUCUCCUCAGCAUGUGGUUCCUACUAGUGGUCCUGGUGUGGGUCCUGGAGGUCCUGGAGUUCCUGGAGGUCCUGGGGGCCCAGGGGGAGUUCAGGCCCUGAGACGUUCCCCCAGCAUGGAGCCCAGUCUGGAAGAGAGUCCCAGCAAGGUUCCCAAGAGCUGGAGCUUCGGAGAACGCAGCAGAACCAGACAGGCCUUCAGGAUCAGAGGAGCUGCCUCCCGCCAAAAUUCUGAAGUGCUGAUAGAGAUGCAGGAUGAAGAGUUCAGACAGAAGAACUCCCCAGAGGCCAGCCUGCCAGGAGAAGACAUGGUCGAUGAUAACAAGAGCUGCCACUGUGAGUUUGUCCCGCAGGAUCUGACUCCAGGGUUAAAGGUCACCAUCAGAGCCAUCUGUCUGAUGCGGUUCAUGGUGUCUAAGAGGAAGUUUAAGGAGAGUCUGCGACCGUAUGACGUCAUGGACGUCAUUGAACAGUAUUCAGCCGGACACCUGGACAUGCUUGCCCGCAUCAAGAAUCUCCAGUCAAGGGUGGAUCAGAUAGUUGGAAGAGGAACACCAAUCGCAGACAAGGACCGUCCCAAAGCAGCCAAUGAGGAGCUACCUGAGGACCCGAGCAUGAUGGGACGGUUGGGGAAGGUAGAGAAGCAGGUCCUGUCCAUGGAGAGGAAGUUGGACUUCCUGGUAAAUAUCUACAUCCAGCGAAUGGGAAUCCCUCAGGCUGAGACCGACGCCUACUUCGGAUCCAAGGAGCCCGACCCAGCCCCGCCCUACCACAGUCCGGUGGAUCAGCUGGAGAAAAGCCAGUCUAUCCCAAAGAUCCUGCAGGUGUUGCCCAGCGAUCAUGUGGAAAAGAGUCGUUUCGUGACGAAAAUGGUCCGCUCCAGCAGCUCCACUGGACACAGGAGCUACAACCCCCCCACCUGCCCACCCUCCACCUCCUGGCAGCCAAUCAGCUCCCAGCUCCACCAGCAGGCCCCACCCCCUCCUCAGCGCAGCCACGGCAACACUCCAAGUCCAGUGGGGGAUGGGUCGCUAGUUCGACUUCCACCGCCUCCGGCUGGAGAAAGACACGGUGGGAAUCGAUCAAACCGGCACAGCACUGGUGAUCGAGGGGGGGCAGAGAGAUCAGAGAGGGGAGGAGAGGGGGCCAACGGGACCAGGAGAGCAGGAGGAGGAGAGGAGGUGAAGCCGGACAGUGACACCUCCAUCUCUAUCCCGUCUGUGGACCACGAGGAACUGGAGCGCUCCUUCAGUGGCUUCUCCAUCUCGCAGUCCAGAGAGAACCUGGACUUCCUGAACAACAGCUUCUACCCUACCGGCACCAACCCGGGAGACCGAGGGGGGGGGGGCGCCGCCCACUCCGCCACUGUCCGCCCCUACAUCGCUGAGGGGGAGUCAGACUCCGACUCAGAGCUCUGCGCUCGCUCGCCACACUCGGACCGGGGCUGGCCCGGAACCAAGUAGAGCUGGAUGUAAACCAGAGCAGAACCAGCAGAACAGUUAAACUGCAACCUCAAAGACUACAAACACCAGCUGGAGCUAAAGAGUGAAGCAUCAUGGGAACUUUCAAAGGCACAAAGGAUGUGAAUGUUUCAACCUGUACAGCAAAUGUUUGUUUUCACUGUCACUGAUUGGUUCACUGCUGGAACACGCUCACACCUGA